AUAUAGUGGGAGAGUGAGGGAGAGAGAGGUGGUUACGUGGAGCAGCACCCCACUUCAUCAGGCAGCAUACGGCAGCCCUGCAGUGCGAUCACACAAUAUGGGAAUGGGGCUAUGAGAUCGAGAGCAAGAGAAAGAAAGCAGAGAGAGACGAGAGCGAGGAGGGGGGGAGUUAAAAAGAAGAGCUUGAGGGAUUUGCUCGGAUGAGAAGGGGGGAUGAUCUGAGUCUGUUGCCUGUCGUGGAUGUGGGAAGGACGUGGCAGCAGUGGCUGAGGUUGAGGCACAUCUGUGGUCUCCUGUGUAAGAAGUAGCCGGCGUCAGGACGUUAUGCCCUGUGAGCAGUGAGGGGUAGCGCGUGUGAGCCAGGAGCAGCUGCUGUGACUGCAUCUGCGCUGCCUGCAUGUCUCAGACAGGCAGGGGAUGCAGCAAACCUCUGCCCUGAGCACAGAGGCUGCUAGCUGUACCCAGCGAGGAGAAGAACCAGGUGGGCUGGGGCGGGAGUGGGGGCGCCUGCCUCAGGAAGGAGCUAGCUUAACCUGCACUGUGGUCCCGCAGUGAUCCUCGCUUCAGAGUCAAGAGGCUCACCUGCCGUCUGUUGGAUCUGAACCUGGAUUUACUGCUUUGAGAGAUGAGAAGCACGUUCUCUGGCGGAGCCGCACAGCCAGCAGCCUGCUGAAGAGUGUGAAUGCUGGGCAGCACUGGCACCACCAAGGACACCGAGCCUUUUUCCACUGGCAGACAGCUUACCAGGAGCUUUAUCAAGGAAUCUAUAUUUGGAUUUGAUUAUGAAUUGAGGAGUUUGGAAUCAGCACACUGUGGAAAUCCUAAGCCAACGUUUCUUUUUUUGAUGUAGGAUUUACAAUAUGUCUACCUGACCGUACUCCUUGUGGCUCUGGAGUAAAGAUGAAAAAUGAUUUAAACAAACGUGUAUUCCUUGAUCAAAAAUAACAUGAGUACCUCAACAGUACUUUAGAAUGCUGCUACCUUCAUUGUAUGAGCCGUGUCCUAGCUCUCAAAGAGAUUGACCAAUGAAGCCAUGGGACUCAGCCAGAGCUUUACAAAUGGGGCCUGUGGUAAAGCCCUGGACCAGCCGGUCGGAGAGUGGCUGGAGCACGUGGGGCUGCCGCAGUACGAGAGCAAGUUCCUGCUCAAUGGCUUCGACGACCUACGAUUCAUGGGAAGUAACGUGAUGGAGGACCAGGAUCUCAGAGACAUCGGGAUCACUGACCCAGGACACAGAAAGAAAAUCCUCCAUGCGGCACGCAGCUUGCCUAAGGUAAAAGCACUGGGCUGUGAUGGCAGCACAUCUCUUGUCUCCUGGCUGGACGGCCUCGGCCUGCAUGAAUAUCUGCCCAACUUUCUUUCAAGUGGCUACCGCACACUGGAGUGUGUCAAGAACCUGUGGGAGCUGGAGAUUGUCAAUGUUAUUAAGAUUGGUCCCCUGGGCCACAGGAAGAGGAUCAUCGCCUCUCUAGCAGAGAGACCCUAUGAAGAGGCGCCAUCGAAGUCCCGCCGUCUGUCCCCAAUUAUGUUCCAUGACCUCCUGUCCCAGACGACAUCUCCACUCAGUCAGAUGGACCCCUACACCAGUCGCUCCAUGGACAUGCUCCUGCCCUUGGCUGAGUCGGACCGGAGGCGGAGAGGAGUUGACCAAGAUGUGUGUAGUGUUUCUCUGCGUUCAUAUAGUGAGAGGCCGCGCUCUGUAGACAGACAGAGUGAACGGCACAAAGAGUCUCGUCUAAACCUCCGGCCGCCGAGCCAUUCUGCUACCUACGCCACGGUGUCCGCCUGGCAUCACCAGCCUGAGAAGCUAAUCCUGGACUCCUGCGGGUAUGAGGCAACCUACCUAGGAUCAAUGAUAAUCAGGGAUCUACGAGGGAUUGAGUCCACACAAGAUGCCUGUGCUAAAAUUAGGAAAUCAAAGGACUCCAGAAAAGGUCCGGUCGUCAUACUGUCCAUUACCUAUAGAGGGGUCAAGUUUAUUGAUGCAGCCACGAAGACUAUAGUUGCGGAGCAUGAGAUCAGGAACAUUUCCUGCGCCGCCCAGGACCCAGAUGACCUCUGUACUUUUGCUUACAUUACCAAGGAUCUGAAGAGUGGCCACCACUUCUGUCACGUCUUCAGCACUGUGGAAGUAACGCAGACCUACGAGAUCAUCCUGACACUGGGACAGGCGUUUGAGGUGGCCUAUCAGAUGGCGAUGCAGUCCAGGGCGAGACACUAUGUCCCACCUACAUCUCUGACCUCAGAGGUCAUAGAGACCAAAACCAGCCGUCCUGUAUCUCAGUCGUGGAGCAGCAUGCGGAGAUCAGCAGGUGCCCCUCUGCUCGAAUGCCGCUGCUGUCACUGUCACACGUGUACUACCCACCGUCCUUCCUUCCUCCCGUUGCACUCUGUUAGCCCUGGAGUCCAGAUCGACCCCCUGGAGAUGGACGCAGACAUGCAGUCCCUGGGCAGCACCACCUGGCUCUUGGACCAGCGGGACUCCCACAGGCGCCCCGUCAGCACCAAGUACGAGACUACCAUAUUCUGAGGCCGGAUCCCCACAGCCGCCCCUCUGCACCCCCUCGUACUUCCCUCUCCCCCCUGCAUCCGGUUCUUUAUUUAACUCUGUCUGACACACACACACACACAUACAUGCGAGCCCCGUGCCUUCUCACUGUGAUGGUAUAGCAUCCCUCAGGGCUGCCUACUCCUGCACCCUCCUUUGCCCUGCCCAGCGACCCACACCAACCUUUUUACCCGCCAUGACAAAUACUCCUGCGGCUCUCCUGUGCCUCCCCAACACCCCUGGCAGCCUCCCUCGCCUGUUGCUGCUGCAGCCAAUGGCGGAGCCCUGGAACGGAUGAUCCUGGACUGAUCUCAUUUUACAGUGGCCCUGCUCUCUCAACCAAACUGCCUCUUCCUCCUCAUCCUCCUCCUCCUGACAACUUGCAUCUGCCUCCAAAUCCCCGAUAGCUCCCAGAGGUUGCAUCUUUAUUCUUCUUCUUCUUUCAGGCCAUUCUUUAAAUUGAUUCUCUGCAGGCAAAACGAGCAUGUUCAUUUUUUAUUUUGCUAUGUAUCUAGACUGCUCAUGGGCUGAGUUUAGUUUCCAUAGAGGUUAGCUUUGUAAUUUUGAAUAAGCUACAAAGUUGUGUGUAAUACCAAAAGGGCUGGUGCGCUAAAGGAAUGCUUAACUAACAAAAUGACCAUUUUUAUAUAAAUAACUCACCCGUGUCACCUUGAAUCUGUGAAGGAAACUUUGUUUUUCUCACAUGCCUCCACAGUGAGCGAAGAAUUUAAAAAAAAGAAAAUUCUUGAUUAAUUGAACUAAACAGGCGGCAUUUAACAGCAGCAUCAAAACAUCCGUUGACAAACUCUCACACAACUUGUGCAGUAUAAUCCAGGCCUCAUUUGUCCAGCUGUAUGCUUCAGCUGCAGACGGUAGAUGAUUCUAAUCACCAGACUUUAGGUCAAGAUUCCUUCAAGUCGAGCAGUCGUUUUUGUCUGGAGACAUUUCAGUCCCCAGAUUUCACUGCAGAGUGAGCGCUCCUUGCUUUCACGCUGCUCUUCGGUGCAGGCAGCUGCAGACCCAGACUCAGAGUGAGCGUGAGUGAGACAGAGGCAGCUGCACAUGCAGACUCAGCUGCCCAGAGGAAGAGAGGUUUCGACUAGUCAGUAUCUGAGAUAACGUUAUCUUCUGUCCUCUGAUUAAAAGUGGUGAAUUUACAGCUCAUAGCAACUUAGUACGCCACAGUCUCUGGCUGUUGUUUGAUGCCUGGUGUCAGCACAUUUCCAAUCUGUCAUUAACAUAGUUAGCAGGAAUUAGCUUGGAGGGCUAACUUGGCUUGUGUACUAUAUUACACAAAUGUGGCUGUCACUCCAAAUGUUCAUACAGCUGGAUAAAUGAGACGUGGGCUAUAGCACGAGUUGUGCGAGUUUUUAAGCUGCUGUUUUGAUAUAGUUUUGCCGUUUAAUUCAAUUGAUGAAGAAUUUUCUGUUUUUGGAUUCUUCAUUCACCGUUGAGGCAUUAGAGGAAAACAAAGUUUGCUUCACAAAUUCAACACAACACGGGAUGAGUAUUUGAUAUACAAUUGAUCAUUUUGUAGGUGGAGUAUUACUUUGAACUGUUAAAGGAAAAGUUGAACAUUUUGGGACAUGUGUUUAUUCGUUUUGUUGCCAAGCAUUAGAUGAGUAUAUUGAUACCACUUUCACAUGUGUACAGUGACUACAAAGCUACAGCCAGCAGUUGGCUAACUUAGCUUAGCUUAAAGACUGGAAAUAGGGAUAAAGAGCUAACUUGGCUCUGUACAAACGUAAAAAAGAGUCAGCUACUAGCUACUAAAUCUAGAUAGAGAAAUAGUCUGACGCCUUCAUAAAAUGUCGAUUUUUCUUUUUUAGGUUUUAGUAUGGAUUAAACAAUUUAGAAAUAACAUGUUAAUUAAUGAGUUUUAGAGGUGCAGAUUUGUUUCCAGUCUGUGCUAACUCAUGUUAGCCGGUUGCUGGUGUUAGCUUCAUGUUUAUCAUACAGAUCUGUAUGUGGCCUCAGUGUUAUCAAACUCUUCACAAGAAAGCAAAUUAGCGUUUUCCCCACUUUUCCUUUAACUUGCCCUUUUGAUAUCGCACAAGUCAAAGAUUUAGAUUUCAGAUCUGUAAAAGAAGCAUGAGUUGGUUUUUAGUUUUUUCAACAUCACUUUUUAAUUUUUGACUCACUGAAUUAUUUGAUUGUUUCACCUCGGGACAGUUAUAAUUUUUUUUCUUUCUCCAUCUUUAGCCUGUCCUGUCUUACCAGGCAUCUACCACUGUGAGGCACUAUGAGGAGGCUGCUUUGCUAGCAUGGGAUGCAAGAUGGACAAUUAAAUCAAUGAAAGACAAAAACAGCAACAUGCAGCAAACAACCUGUUUUGUUUUGUUUUU